AUGGUCCCCUGGAAGAGAACUACAAAGUCGAGGGAUCCAAUAAUAAUUACAAUCGGUUAGUGACGAACUUUUCUGUAUAUCUUUUUUUGAGACAUGCUUUAUUAUUUUGUUACUCUCUAUAAUUUAGUUACUGAAUGGAUGACUUUCUUCACAAAUAGAUGGCGGCAUGCUUAAACAUGUACCGGGGUUUAGUCGGCAGCAGCUUGAAAUCGCAUGCGAAGAUUUUAGCAAUUAGAACUUCUCGGACAUCAUACUCUAUAAAGGUAUUAUGAAAGAUGGUCCAGAAAUCGCUGUUAUAUCCCUUACAGUGGCAGAAAAGGACUGGACAGCUUUCCAUGAACUUCAUUUUCAGAGUGAGACUCUACAAAAUUCUAGCAGAGUAUUGGUGGCAAUAGCCAUUGGUCACAUUCAGAGGAUUUUCUCCUGAGAUAUUUGCCAAAUACUUGCAGGUGGCAGACUUGGCUAGAUUAAACCAUGAGAACAUAGCAAAGCUACUCGGCUAUUGUAAAGAGAAUGAUCCCUUUUCAAGGAUGCUUAUCUUUGAAUAUGCAUCAAAUGGAACCCUAUACGAGUACCUUCACUGUAAGCUAGCUUUUGUUGUUUCUUGGGAAAAAUUAUUUUGCUAGAUUUGGGGAUUGAAGAGCAAUAUGGAAAUUUCACUGCAGAUGGCGAAGGUUGCCAGUUAUAUUGGACCAGACGCAUGAAAAUCGCAAUCGGUAUUGCUCGUGCGCUCAGACACCUGCAUAAUGAGCUGCAGCCACCUUUCAUUGUAUCUGACUUGAACUCGAGUGCCAUAUAUCUCACUGAGGAUUUCUCACCCAAGGUAAAUUCUUAGCCCAUGCUCUCGGAGGAAAAGGAAAUAUUUUAUCAUAGUACAUUGCUUGUAAACCAGUGACAGCAUGCCCCUUAGCCUUAUGGUCUUCCAGAAGAUAAAUUCUCUGGCCACUGAGUUCUUCCCGCUUAUUGAUCCUCAAUUUUCGGUUCAACAGUAUGAAGUUAUCUUCUGUACUUUCGUUCCAUGUAGAAGUUACCAUAGCUGAAAACUCAUAGGGAAUCGGUUUCUCCCUACCCUUAAAUGCCUAUAUCUCGUGUCUGACUCAUGCACAUGAUUCUUCUGGGUGCCCUUGUAGUUGGCGGACAUUGAAAGCUGGAAAAUGAUGCUCUCAAGAUCGGAGAAGAGCGCGGGUUAUGUGUCGAAUGGUGGGGCUUUCCAUUGUUUUUCGGAUUCCUUGGAAAGAAGGCACACCGGAGCCCAGGAGAACACAUUCGCUUUUGGAGUUAUUUUGCUGGAAAUCGUCAGUGGAAGGCCUCCGUAUUGCAAGGACCGAGGAAGCUUGGUAAACUGGGUAAGGCUUGUUGUUUCAUGAACACCCUUUUCUGCAGAAAACCAAAGGAAGAAGUGACAGUCUGUGGUAUCAGCAUUAGAUUCAUGCCCUUUUCCAUGAUAAUUUGCAUUUGUCCGAUCAUUUGCAUGUGUAAUCUUCUACACAGAGUGUUGACUUUGUGUGUAGAAGCCACAAACUGAUCCAAAGGUUCGUCGUUUUCUCUCUAGGACCAGAAACUUUUAUUUGCCCGUUUGUAGCUCUGCCUCGAGCUGGUUGUUUUGGGAGAGAAAAAGACAAGCCUAGCUUGGUCAGAAUUGUCCAUUAUUGGGUGAUCUAGGAUCGUGAAAUAAAGACCAUAGCAUGAAUGCGCCGCAACCUCUGGGAACUGAUUGCGAGGAAAUUAACUAAAUGAAUAAAUAAUUCUCUCCAAUGACUGCUCUCCCAUCGGCUGUACCUUCAUUCAUGUCAAUCGUUUCAUUUCUUCACACUUCGCCGCCGGAGUUUUUCUGCCGCAACCGGGAUCUCCUGCGUUUGCCUCAUUCAUCUGCUCGAUGCAGGCGGUGGAGUACUUGGAGCGACCGGAUAUGAUGUGUCACCUGGUGGAUCCUGAGCUGCGGUACUUCAAGCACGACGAUCUUCGGGUUGUCUGCAACGCGGUGAGUCUCUGCAUCCAAUCAGACCAGUCAAAGAGACCGUCGAUGCAGGCGGUUUGCACGAUACUGGAGAACGGGAUCGACACCUCUGCGGCCGCUGACCUCAAGGAGUCCCCCCUGGCGUGGGCGGAGCUCGCCCUGUCAUGUUAG